AUGGAGGCUACUGGCGUCUCUUCGAACUGCUUCGUCAGUCGCAGGGAACGCUGUUCACUCUCUAUGAAAUCAGAAGAAUCUCCUCGGCCUGGUCGGUCGCAAUCCGGCCAAGUUCGCCGACAACCAAAAAGCGUUGGGUUUUAUAACCAUACCAUUCUAAUCUUAAUAAUUAUUCUCUGUCUCUCGCCAAUAUCAACACUGGCUCAUCCAACCACAAUUGCACCGGAUAUAACUGCCAACAUCCCGCGAUCUGCCUCAGAUCCACAUGGUCAGAUCAUCAACGUUGUUGAUCUCGAUCUUCAAGAACAAUCUUCGCCCCUCGAGUCCCGCGACAACAGCCCGAUUGAUGAACAUGACCACCAUGAACUGGAGAAUUCCUUCAGCCAGGAGCUUGGCCAUGACAUUUCCCUGCAGCGAAGAAUCCUCAAUGCGAGCACCGAUACUUCAUGGUCGAUGCCAGAAGCAUAUGAUACAAUAUCCAACGAUUUCGCUAACGCCAGCUGCGUGGCAUUCUUCGAAAAGUUCCGCGAUAACUCCACAGUGACAGAUUGUCAUGCGGUUUCCCUGCUCCUCGAAAACUCCAACGCCUUCUUUCACGAUCUGAGUUCAGCUACAGAUACCGCGCGUGUGUUGAAUACCACAUGCUCGGAGUCGGUUGAUAAAUGUCAGUCUAUCAUGACUGGACUAGCGGCUGAGAUGAUCCAACAAGAUAACUGUGGACCCGACUAUAAUGCGAAUAACUCAGUUGUUACGAGCGCAUACCAAGAAAUGAGGGCUUACGAGCCAGUAUACCAGGCUACUUGUCUGAAGAAUUCAGAUACGCAAGACUAUUGUUUUGUGGAUGCUGUUACAAACACUACAGCUCCAAAUGACUAUGAUGUCUAUUUCAUUCCCAUUGGAAACCCUCUCACUAAGGGUGACCUUACUUGCAAUGAAUGUCUUCGAGAGACGAUGUAUAUCUACUCUCAGUGGGCGACAGUCGAUGAUCAAGAGCUUGACUCGGAUUAUAUUGCUUCUGCCAAAAUCGUGAAUGAGCAGUGUGGAACUGGGUUUGCGUCUAUCAAUGUUACUACAGGGUCUUUCAGUGUUACUGCGGGAUCUGCUGCGGCGCUUCCAGUUUCUGGCGUUAGCCUUGUCUCGGUCAUUUGUCUCACUCUUGGUGCUUUUUUCUGGGAGGUAUUGUGA